ACCAUCUUUGAUGCUCUUCCACCCGGAAAUAAGCAGCAUUUUUAAAGAUGGCGGAGCAAGGGCCAAUGGCGAUAGCUAUGCGGCUAAGAAAUCAACUCCAGUCCGUAUAUAAGCUCGACCCUUUACGAAAUGAGGAGGAAGUCAAGUUGAAGAUCAAAGACCUGAACGAGCACAUAGUGUGCUAUCUCUGUGCUGGGUACUUCAUCGAUGCCACAACUAUUACAGAGUGUCUGCAUACAUUCUGUAAAAGUUGUAUUGUGAAAUACCUCCAAACCAGCAAGUAUUGUCCAAUGUGCAACAUAAAGAUCCACGAAACACAGCCUUUAUUGAACCUGAAAUUGGAUAGAGUGAUGCAAGACAUUGUCUACAAACUGGUUCCAGGACUUCAAGAAAGUGAGGAUAAGCGAAUUAAAGAAUUUUAUCAGUCGCGUGGGCUUGAGAGAGUUGUCCAACCCUCUGGAGAAGACUCCAUACCAGAUGCUGCAGGAUUACCUUUCACCACCUUUGACCAUUCCAAGGCCCACUUUUACAGAUACGACGAGCAGGUCUCGCUUUGUCUAGAGAGGCAAAGUUUAUCUCUGUCUGGAAAAAAAGAUAAGACCAAACUGACUCUUCAGCAGAAGUUUGUGCGCUGCUCGGUCCGAGCCGAGGUGAGACACCUGCGUAAAGUGCUGUGUCAUCGACUGAAUGUGGAGAAGCACCAGGUCCAGAUGUUUUUCAAUAAUGAGUUCCUUCCAGAUCACAUGACCAUGAAACGGCUGUGGCUCUCUCACUGGUUUGGCAAGGCUCAGCCGUUGGUUCUUCACUACACUAUCAAGGACAAAAGGACAAGAUAGGAUUUCCCCCCUUUCUAAUGACCUCAGCAGCUGUAUAUAUUUUGUUUAAUAUAUAGUAUAUUUUAAUAGUGUUUGUGUACAUAUGUGUAUUUUCCUCUUUGUAUUUUCUUAAAAAUAAAUAGUGGACAAAUGUG